AUGAUCGCGAACGUAAAUAAGAGGACCAGCCUCUCCUCACGUGGCGGUCAUCAGCAGGACCUUGGUUACAGCAAGUGAUUUUUCCCUCGAUUGUCCUCGCCUCCCUCAAUCACUCAACAACAUCAAGCGAUUAUAUAAAUUAGUGAUACCAUACUGAAGCCAAAAAAGGUUUUUUCUUCCACAAACGAUGGCAAGUGACAGCGGAGAAGAGUAUUCGGAUACAGAGUACUCGGACAUAGAUGAGCGAGAAGCCAAUGAGGAGCAUGAUUCAGACGUUGAGCUGCAAGAGGCAUUUUCGAGAGGAGAGCUGAAACCAGGUCUCCACGUCCUCAAUGAGAAAGUAAUUAAAGAGUUUAAAAAUGAUGUGAAUGGCUUGAAGCAAAAGUUAGCAGAGUUUAAACUUUCUCUGCCUUGGACUGAACGGUUUGAUAUUACCAAUCCCCCUGCACCCCUAGCACCAGAGCUUGAUGCAGAGCUCCUCAUUCAAAAGGUUCGAAAAAGACUGAUGCAAAAACAAGUGGGACAACAAAUUAGUGAGCGAGUCAAGAAGAUUCGUGAAAUUAAGAAGUAUGGAAAGAAGGUUCAAGUAGAAGUUGAACAACAGAAGCACAAGGAAAAACGGGAAAUGUUGGAAAAGAUCAAGAAGUUCCGAAAGGGCAAAACAGAUACUAUAGAUUUCUUGGAGGAUGGUGCUCCACUGCGCGAAGGAGGUAGCAAGACGAAAUCUCAGCUCAAAAAGGACAUGAAACGGGCUCGAGGAAAGAGAAUUAUGAAAGAUAAGAAAUAUGGGUUUGGCGGCAAGAAGCGGAACAUUAAAAGAAACACCGCUAAGAGUUUUGCAGAUGACCAAAAAAUGCCAGCAAUGCUAAAACCCGGAGCUCGAAACAAGAGGAAAGGACGUCCGACAAAAGGCAAUAAAAAUAAAUCUAGAGCUAGAUCUUGAGUAGCUAACUGAAGACAGGACUCUCACCAGUCAAUCCACUUGGAGAAUUUUUUUUUUUAAUGAUCUUUAUUUAAAAGUGUACACUAUUUAUGAAAUAGUCUGUUUAAGACCUUACUGGUACCAAAAUAAAAUGACAUACACAA